AUGACCUUCUCUCCUCCAUCAAGCUUUUCUCCUCUUGCUUUAACCAACCGCCAUGCUCUUUCAUUUUUGCAGUCAUCCAUUUCAUAUCCGGUGAAGAUUUGGCCAUCCAGGCAUUCUUCUUUUUGGAAUCUUGAAUUCACACUUCAUGAGCUUUCUCUAGGUUCCAUGAUCAAGCUUUUCUCCUACUUUAAGCAAUCAUUGUGCUCAUUUGAUUUUUCACUUCAUCCAUUUCAUCUCAAGAUAUGGAAAGUCAAUCAAGUACACCAAUUAAUCUUGGUGAUGAAAAUGUUGAGCUCCCGAAUCAAAGCGUGGUAG